GCGGCAGCGACGGCGAAUAAGACGCGGGGUGGGCGUAGCUGUGCCCGGCGGGGCGAGGAAGCAUCAGGCGCGAGCGGAGGCAGGAGGCACCUGGCAGGCGAGCGGCGAGGGCGGAGGAUACGAUCUUGGCUCCUUUGGAACUGAAACGUUGAGGCCAGAGGGCGGUGAGCUGCAGGAAUUGAACUGUUGAGACCAGAUGUGCUAGUGGAGGAGAAAACCAAUCGCCUUCAAGAUGUUACCGUUGCAUUUUGCCAAGGGUAGGCUGACCUUCCUGGUCCUCAAGCGCCUCUCGGCAUGCCCUGCUGCUUUCCAAAGCACCCAGCAUGUGGAAUACAAGCCCAUCAAGAAGGUUAUGGUGGCAAACAGAGGGGAAAUUGCAAUCCGGGUGUUCCGAGCAUGCACCGAGCUGGGCAUCCGGACGGUGGCUGUCUACUCGGAGCAGGACACGGGUCAGAUGCACAGGCAGAAAGCAGAUGAGGCCUAUCUCAUUGGCCGGGGGCUUCCCCCAGUCCAGGCCUAUUUGCACAUCCCAGACAUCAUUAAAGUUGCCAAGGAGAACGAAGUGGAUGCUGUCCACCCCGGUUAUGGCUUCCUCUCGGAACGCUCAGAUUUUGCCCAGGCCUGCAUUGAGGCUGGUGUGCGAUUUAUUGGGCCCAGCCCUGAGGUGGUGCGCCAAAUGGGUGACAAGGUUGAAGCCCGCGCCAUCGCCAUCAGCGCAGGUGUGCCUGUAGUCCCUGGGACAGAUGCCCCCAUUUCGUCUCUCAAUGAAGCUCAGGAAUUCUCCAACACCUAUGGCUUUCCCAUCAUCUUUAAAGCUGCUUAUGGCGGAGGAGGACGGGGGAUGCGAGUCGUGCGGAGCUAUGAGGAGCUGGAGGAGAACUACACCCGGGCAUACUCUGAGGCCCUCUCUGCUUUUGGGAAUGGAGCUCUCUUUGUGGAGAAGUUCAUUGAGAAGCCGAGACAUAUUGAAGUCCAGAUUCUAGGUGAUGCAUAUGGAAACGUGGUGCACCUGUACGAGAGAGAUUGCUCCAUCCAGAGGCGGCACCAGAAGGUGGUGGAGAUAGCACCUGCUGCCCACCUGGACUCCCAACUGCGCUCCAAGCUUACCAAUGAUGCCGUCAAGCUAGCUAAGCAGGUAGGGUACGAGAAUGCUGGCACGGUGGAAUUCCUAGUAGACAAACACGGCAAGCAUUUCUUCAUUGAGGUCAACUCUCGACUCCAAGUGGAGCACACAGUGACGGAAGAAAUCACAGACGUUGACCUUGUCCAUGCCCAGAUCCACAUCUCUGAAGGAAAGAGCCUGCCUGAGUUGGGCCUGAAGCAGGACAAUGUGCGGAUCAACGGUUGUGCCAUACAGUGCCGGGUCACCACCGAGGAUCCCGCCCGUGGAUUCCAGCCCGACACAGGCCGAAUUGAGGUGUUUCGGAGUGGUGAGGGCAUGGGGAUCCGCCUGGACAGCGCCUCAGCCUUCCAAGGAGCCGUCAUCUCCCCGCACUAUGACUCGCUGCUGGUGAAAGUUAUCGCUCACGGCAAAGACCACACCACGGCAGCUUCCAAGAUGAGCCGGGCCUUGGCAGAGUUCCGGAUCCGUGGUGUCAAGACCAACAUCCCCUUCCUGCAGAACGUGCUUGGCAAUGACCAGUUUCUCCGGGGAACGGUGGACACCCAAUUUAUUGAUGAGAACCCCGACCUUUUCAAUUUGCGGCCUGUCCAGAACCGAGCCCAGAAGCUCCUCCACUACUUGGGCCACGUCAUGGUGAAUGGCCCCACCACGCCUAUCCCAGUAAAUGCCCGGCCUUCGCCCAUUGAUCCAGUGAUCCCUUCAGUUCCUUUGGGUGAGCCACCAUCUGGUUUCCGGGACAUCCUUCUGCGUGAGGGACCCACCGGCUUUGCCAAAGCCAUUCGCCAACACAAAGGGCUGCUCCUAAUGGACACCACUUUCCGAGAUGCUCACCAGUCUCUGCUGGCCACCCGCGUCCGCACCCACGACCUGAAGAAGAUCUCCCCCUUUGUGGCCCACAACUUCAGCAACCUCUUCAGCAUGGAAAACUGGGGAGGUGCCACCUUUGAUGUGGCCAUGCGCUUCCUGUACGAAUGCCCCUGGCAGCGGCUGCAGGAGCUGCGUGAGCUCAUCCCCAACAUCCCAUUCCAGAUGCUGCUGAGAGGCGCCAACGCUGUGGGUUACACUAACUACCCAGACAACUCGGUCUUCAAAUUCUGCCAAGUAGCCAAGGAGAAUGGCAUGGACAUCUUCCGCGUCUUUGACUCCCUGAACUACCUGCCCAACAUGCUGCUGGGCAUGGAGGCAGCUGGGCAGGCUGGUGGCGUGGUGGAAGCUGCCAUCUCUUACACCGGGGAUGUGGCCGACCCCAGCCGGACCAAGUAUACGCUGGAUUAUUAUGUCAAUCUUGCCGAGGAGCUGGUCAAAUCCGGAACUCAUAUCUUGGGCAUCAAGGACAUGGCCGGUGUCCUGAAGCCUCGGGCUUCCUCCAUGUUGGUCUCCGCCCUGCGCGACCAUUUCCCCAAUAUCCCUCUGCACAUCCACACCCAUGAUACUUCGGGUGCCGGCGUGGCUUCCAUGUUGGCGUGCGCGGCUGCAGGUGCUGACAUUGUGGACGUGGCCAUAGAUUCGAUGUCCGGGAUGACCUCUCAGCCGAGCAUGGGAGCAAUGGUGGCCUGCACGCGCGGAACUGAGCACGACACAGGGAUCCAGAUGGAGAAAGUUUUCGACUACAGCGAAUACUGGGAGGUCGCUCGGGGCCUCUACGCUCCCUUUGACUGCACGGCAACCAUGAAGUCGGGCAAUGCCGAUGUCUACGAGAACGAGAUCCCCGGGGGACAGUAUACCAACUUGCACUUCCAGGCCCACAGCAUGGGGCUGGGGAACAAAUUCAAGGAGGUGAAGAAGGCCUACGUGGAGGCAAACAAAAUACUCGGAGACCUUAUCAAGGUGACCCCCUCUUCAAAGAUCGUGGGAGACUUGGCACAGUUCAUGGUUCAGAACAACCUGACACGGCAGGAUGUGGAAGCCCAGGCAGACGAGCUCUCCUUCCCGGUCUCCGUGGUAGAGUUUCUGCAAGGCUACAUCGGCAUCCCAUAUGGGGGCUUCCCAGAACCCUUCCGAUCCAAGGUGCUGAAAGACCUACCCUGCAUUGAGGGUCGCCCGGGGGCCUCUCUGCCCCCUAUGGACUUCCAGAAACUGGAGAAGGAACUACGUGAAAAGCACGGAGAGGAGAUCACCACAGAAGAUAUUCUGUCUGCUGCUAUGUACCCCAAGGUCUUUGACGAGUUCCAGGAAUUCGCAGCCAAUUUCGGCCCAGUCGAAUGUCUCAACACCCGCCUGUUCCUGGAGGGACCCAAGAUAGCAGAGGAAUUUGAGGUAGAGCUGGAACGGGGUAAGACACUCCACAUCAAAGCGUUAGCUCUGGGUGACUUAAACCGGGCCGGACAGCGGGAGGUCUUUUUUGAGCUCAAUGGGCAGCUGCGUUCCAUUCUGGUCAAGGACACCAAAGCCAUGAAGGAAAUGCAUUUCCACCCCAAAGCCCUGAAGGACGUUAAAGGCCAGAUUGGAGCCCCCAUGCCUGGGAAAGUGAUUGACAUCAAAGUGCAGGAAGGGGCCGCCAUCGAGAAGGGGCAGCCGCUCUGCGUCCUGAGCGCCAUGAAGAUGGAGACGGUGGUCAACUCUCCCUUGUCGGGCACCGUCAAAAAAAUCUACGUCAAGCGAGACAUGAGUUUGGAAGGGGACGAUCUUAUCCUAGAGAUUGAAUAGCACCCCCCCAAUAGCAACCUGCUCCGCCACCACCCAAAACCCCUGCUGCUUCUUUCUUGCUGUACACCUUAUUCUGUCUCCGCAAGAGUCAGCCGCCGCCUUUGAGCUCUGGGUCUUAAGCCAUUCGUCUCACUAGGGAGCAUGGGGCCAAGUCCUCUGCUUCUUCUCUUUGCGCUCCGAAGGGCACAGCAUCAGGGCCAUGAGCACAGCGGCCGGCCAGGGGUGGGAAUUGCCAGCCCCUCUUUCCCAGGAGUCGUUCUACCUCCACGAGGAAGGCAGUACCAAUUUUAAGAGUCUUCCUCCCCCCAGAUGAAGAAAGGUAAAGGAUCAGAGCGGAUGGACGCCCCAUAGGGAGGAAAAAGGCCCCCAUCUUUGCACAUUUGGCCCUUUGCUGCUCUGCUGCCGCUACUCUUCCAAAACGCCGUGGACCAAUUAGAUUUGGCUGGGGGGGGGAUCUUUCUUCUCCUUCUGCUGCCUCUCUUGUUCUGAGUUCACUUUUUUGUGGCUUCUUCCUUCUCCAUAGCAGAGGCCCUUUCUUGUUUAUCGGGACCCCCCAUCGAUCGCCAGGGAUGAAGAGCUGAGGAGCAUUAGUCUUGCCUGGGGGGGAUGGGACAGGGCAUGGUCCAAAUGUCACCCCCCUGCGUUCUUUCAUGACUAGCUUCCUUCUUCCUCAACACUGCCAAACCCAAGGCCAGAUUACACGAGGGGAAUGGGGGCAGAUGUCCUAUGCUGACUCUGGCAUUAAUGUCACACCCCUCUCCUCGGAUCUUGGACCACGGAGCCGUCUCCUGGGGAGAAGGGGCCUGAAUGCUUUCUCUUUUUUGCAACGUUCAAAGCAAAAACAGCUUGGGGUGGGGGGUGGGAAGGAGGGAAAAGAAACCGAGGCAGAGGAUGGCCAUGGCUGAAUGUUUACAAGAUUGUUUUUCUGGGGUGGGGGGGAGGGGACCACAAUCCCUCCCCACUCCCCAAGGGUGAGGGAGCAAAACAUAAUUGCAAAACACAACAAUUUCCCUUGCAAAGUUUACAAAGGAGCAGGAACUAGCCGAGAGCUGUCAGCAACCGAGGAAUUACAGGAACUGCCGCCAAGACUGUUGGAUUUGAUGUGGGACUGAUGAAAAUUUCGCCUAAAGCUGGGAAAAGAAAAAUGAAAUAUAUAUAUAUAUAUAUGAUCUCAUGACA